UCCGGGCAUUUGGCCUUGGGGAAGGAGGGGCCUUGGACAGAGGAGGGUGCUCCUGGGCAGGGAGGUGGUACAGAGGCUUCCUUGGGGAGAAGAAUUCUGCUGCAUGCUGAGGUGUGGGCUGGAACCACUCAGGCCUCGUGAGCCAGUGAAGAGAAUACCCAGCUCUGCCCUGAGGACUGGGGGAGACGGCCAUCCUCAAGGCCAAGACUGUUUUCAAGAACUGGAUGCCUGGUCAAGCCUGCUCCUCCAGGGACUGCCAUGGACUCAGCAACCAAGGACGAAAUGCAGCCCUCACUUCCCCCCGGCUCUUCCUGCCCAGGGCCUGAGUGGCCAGAGCAGGAGAGGGCGGAGCAGCUGGCCCGAGGAGCAGCACUCAAAUGGGCCUCGGGUAUCUUCUACCGGCCGGAGCAGCUGGCCAGACUGGGCCAGUACCGCAGCCGUGAGGUUCAGCGUACCUGUUCCCUGGAAGCACGCAUCAAGUCGGUGGUGCAGUCCUACCUGGAGGGCGUGAAGACUGGUGUGUGGCAGCUGGCCCAGGCUUUUGAGGCUGUGCAGGGAGCCCGUGAGGCCUUGGGCCAAGCCCAUGCGUUGCUUCAGGGUAUGGCAAUGGCCACACAGACCCUAAAACCGCUGCGGGAACAGGUCGCACAGCACAAGCAACUGCAGGUCCUGUCUCAGCUGCUGCCCCGGCUAUGGGCAGUGCCAGCUGCAGUGGCUCACACGUGGACGCUGAUUGAUGCCCAGCAGCUCUUGGAGGCAUAUGUGUGCCUUCGGGAGCUGGAGCAGCUGCAAGAGGAGACGUGGGCACCUCUGGGAGGCCUGGAGUUGCCGGUCUUUGAGGGGCUGGGCCCUCUGGCUGAGGCUCUCGGCCAGGCUGUGGAGGCGGCUGCAGGGGCCGCAGGGCAGCUGGCACGGGAGGACCCAGCCCUGCUGGUGGCUGCUGUGCGCGUGGCAGAGGUGGACGCUGAGUACACAACCUCUCUGGAGCUGGCCCCCAGGGACUGGCGACAGCGCUGUCUGCAGGCAUUACAGGAGGGCCUGGAGAGGACCCACUUUGGGACACCUCUUCUGCCUGAGCCAGGGGCCCUGGCAGGGUGGCUGGAGGCUCUGCGGGUGGCCUUACCAGCCGAGCUGGCCAUAGCUGAAGCACUAGUAGCACCCUGCUGCCCACCACACUACAAGGUGGUCCAGCUGUGGGCCCACACCCUGCACAGUGGACUGCGCCGCUGCCUGCAGCAACUCCUGAAAGGGCCUGCGCUAGCAGCUGCUGAUGCCUUCGCCUUGCUGCACUGGGCACUGCAUGUGUACCUGGGGCCAGAAAUGAUGGGGAGCCUAGAGUUGGGACCUGAGGCUGAUGUGUCUCAGCUGGAGCCCCUCCUGACCUUGGAGAACAUUGAACAGCUGGAGGCAACAUUUGUGACCCAAAUCCAGGCAAAUGUGGCUCAGUGGCUGCAGAGGGCACUGGAUGGGGAGGUAGCUGAGUGGAACCGAGAGCAGGAACCUGACACAGACUCUUCAGGCUUCUACCACUCACCUAUGCCGGCCAUAGUGCUGCAGAUCCUGGAGGAGAAUAUUCGUGUGACCAGCCUGGUCAGCGAGUCGCUGCAGCAGCGGGUGCACAGCAUGGCACUAUCAGAACUGGGUGCAUUCCUGAGGAGCUUUAGUGAUGCUCUGAUCCGAUUUUCUCGAGACCACGCCAGGGGGAAAGCAAUGGCCCCUCAUUACGUGCACUAUCUACUGGCCACUCUCAACCACCAGUCAGCACUCAGCUCCUCCGUGUCAGUUCUGCAGCCCGACGGGGUGGCUUCAGGAGCUUUGGCUCCGGUGGAGACAGCGCUGGACGAGUUACAGAGGAGGAUCUGCCGCCUGGUGUUGGAGGUGCUGCUGGCAGAGCUCCAGCCCCUGUUCGCGGAUCUGCCCUCACGCCGGUGGCUGUCGAGGUCAGAGCUGCUGGAUGAUGUGUGCGAGCGGACGGAGCGCUUCUGCCAGGAUUUUAGCCGCGUGCGGAAUCCUGCGGCCCAGCUGCUCCUGGCCGAGGCGGAACGUACGGUGGUACUGCAGUACCUAUGCGCGCUGAUGCAGGGCCGCCUAGUGUGCCGAGGAGCUGACGAGAGGACCCAGGCGGCUGCGCGCCUGCAGCACGACGCGGCCCAGCUUCGGGAGCUUUUCCUUGGUUUGGGCCUGGAGGAGAGCGUUCGGUGCGCGCCAGUGCUCCUCGCUCUGCGGGAUCUGCUGAACCUCCGCGACCCCAUGCUGCUUGGCCUCGAGGUGGCAGGCCUGCGACAAAAAUUUCCGGAUGUGAGCGAGGAUCACAUCUCUGCCCUCUUGGAUCUGCGCGGGGACGUGUCGCGGGAGCAGCGCCUGGCCGCACUCAGCUCCUUGCAGGCCGGCCCACAGCCCUCGCCCUCUGCUGGUCGCCGCGCACUCUUCAGCCUCGUGCCAGCACCUGCUCCUGCGCUGUCCUCCUGUCUUCCCUCGGGGCCCUGUGCCUGACGCCCCGCUGCCCUCCGUAUACAAGAACGGCUCUCGGACGCCUGAACUGUGUACUGGGGAGGGGGGGAUAAA